UGCCACAUGACAACUGGGUGGCACUGGCAGAGGCUUGCUUGGCGCGAACACACACACACCUACUACCACCUCGGGCUAACCUCUCGUCUCUCCUCAAGUUCCCAAUUGGUCAGGAUGCAGCUGCAGAUUUAUACCGUGGACGCCUUCAGUUCAAGACCAUUUUCGGGCAACCCAGCUGCCGUUGUCCCCCUCACGCAGACGUUGGAUGAGGACACACUUCAGCAGGUGGCCACGGAAUUAAACCUGUCGGAGACUGCGUAUGUGAAGCCUAUAGUGGGUGAGGGUGAAGGUGUCCCUUGGAUCACCGCUGCCCGCUACUCCCUCAGGUGGUUCACGCCUGUCCAGGAGAUCCCUCUCUGUGGACACGCCACCCUCGCCACUGCCCACGUCCUAUUCCAUCAGCUAGGUAACACAAGCAGUCAGCUAGAGUUUGAGACACUGAGUGGGGUGCUGGUGACAAGAAGGGAUGGCCAAAACAUCAUCAUGAACUUUCCCACUAAUGUGGCUGAGGCACUCACCCCUGAGCAGGAGCAGCAGCUGACCCCGUUGGUCCAGGCAGCCACUCCAGGGCUGAGAGUCCACCAGGUCCUCCUCUCUCACACCCUCAAGUACCUCUUGAUACGACUCCACGACUCGCACUCCAGAGAGGAGUUGGAAGCCUUGAAGCCGAAGUACCGUGAGAUGGAGGAUGUGCACGACGGGUCACUGGUGAUGGGUGUGGUGGUGAGUGUGGCGGGGGGCGGCGACACAACCUACCAUGCCUUUUCUAGAUUCUUCGCGCCCUUGUACGGCGUCGAUGAGGAUCCUGUCACAGGUUCUGCCCACACUGUGUUAGGGCCAUACUGGGCUGCCGAAUUGGGCAGGAAGGAGCUCAACUUUCGUCAGUGUUCCAAACGUGGCGGGGAUGUGAGGGUAAAUGUGCAAGAUGAUGGUCGUGUGGACAUCACUGGGCCAGCCACCACAGUCAUCCAAGGUCACAUUAAUGUAUGAGAACUGUGUGACCUUUGCUUGGCGUGUAUACAUAUGUAAACCUAGUAUGUGUACUGCACAUAUGCAAGUUUUAUGUAUAUAUGUAUGUCUGAGCUUGUACUUAAAAGUGUGUAUUCCAAUCAGCCAAUAUGAGCUUGAAGAGGACUAUUUUUGAGUUGUCAUAUUAAUGAACUGAUGAUGCUUUGUAAGACUUGAGGAUGAUGAUGAUUAUGAUACAAACUUGAUCGGAAUAAAAAUGGAAUAUGAAAUCUUAGACAUUGAUCUUGACUAUUAGUAAAAAAGAGGGAGUGCUUUGUUAGAGUAAAAACAAAUACAGAAAGAAUUAAGUCAGUAGCUACAGUGCAGAAUAUGUUCUUUAUCAAUAAACAAAAGCAAUC